AUAAAUCCACAAGAAAUUGUAGUGGCUGAGAUUUCUUCAGAGAACAGCCAAACCGUAGUUUCUGGUGUUUUAGGUCUCACCGAAACUCAGCUUACACAGUGUCCUACUUUUCUUUACUCUGUCUUUGCUUUUUCUUUUUAAUUCGUGCGAGGUAGAUUCAGAUCCACCAUUGCAGGAGCUCAGUUCAUGCAUGAUCGGAGAGAGAGUGGAUCUAGGAGAGUUUUCAUCGACCAUGGCUUUCUUCCAAGGUUUUGGGAUCUUCCGGUUCGUUUUGGUGAGGAUUCUGAAUAAACGAAUUUACUUUUUAGUACUUUCGGAGAAGCGUCUGUCUCUAUCACUCUUGCUCUCUCUGUAACGGUGGAUUACUAAUAUUUUAAAUAGUAGUUACGUAUCAGGUUUCAUUAUCUUCAAGAACAACGGCUUCACUAUUUAUAGCCUUCAGUGUGGUGAGGAAUGAAAGGAGGUUUCUGUUUUAUCCAUUCCUGGUUAGGGAGGAUUUGAAGCAGCGCUAGCUGCCUUGGUUCAGUAAUGGACACAUACUCCUCUGGGGAAGAUUUGUUCGUUAAGACAAGGAAGCCGUAUACGAUAACAAAGCAGCGUGAGCGAUGGACAGAGGAGGAGCAUAAUAGGUUCCUAGAAGCCUUAAAGCUCUAUGGGCGAGCUUGGCAACCCAUAGAAGAACAUAUAGGAACAAAGACUGCAGUACAGAUCAGAAGUCAUGCGCAGAAAUUCUUUUCAAAGGUCAAUGGAUACCUUCUUGCUUUGGAGAAGGAGGCUGUAGCUAAAGGUGUUCCUAUUGGACAAGCUUUUGACAUAGACAUUCCUCCUCCACGACCCAAAAGAAAGCCAAGCAAUCCUUAUCCUCGCAAGACUGGUGUGGGAGCUCCAACCUCGCAGGUCCAAGCAAAGGAUGGACACAUUGUAAUGUCAGCGUCUUCUAUGCGCUGCAAACAAGUAGUGGACUUGGAGAAAGAACCACCCCUUGACAAAACUAAUGCUGAUGAGAAGCCUAAAAACACGAAAGAAAAUCAUGAUGACCAUAGCUCAGUAGUAUCUACCCUUUUCCAAGAUGCUCAUUGUUCCUCCAUCUCUUCAAUGAAAAAUUCUAUGCCAACGCUGGGGACAGUGAGAAACUCAUGUGCAUCUCAAAGAGAGAUGGUGAACCAGGAUGGAACAAAUGAAUCAUAUGUCACUGUUGAACUUAGAGGUGAUCAAAAGAGGGAUAAACCUGAUGCCAGACAGACAGUAAUGGAUAGUGGUGAAGGUAAACCUUUAAACUUGGAAUGUUCGAGCCAUCAGCAUGAUAAAUCAGUUCAGGUUGAGAAAACCAGUGAUUGUAGUGGUGUUUUGCUGAUGGAUGAGAUGCAAGCUGCCAAUAACUAUCCAAGGCACGUGCCUGUGCAUGUUCUAGAUGGAAGCUCCACAUCAUGUACUCAAAUUGCUCCCUCAGAUGUGUCAUUUACUGAAUCCAUAUUUCACCAAGUAGAAGCUCAUGGGCAUCCUAGUAUGAGCACUAAUUCAGUCACACCUGCUACAACUGAUCAUCAAAAUAAUGUCCCCGGGUCUUCCACUCAUCAGACACUUCCAAAUUUGCAUCCGCUGUUUCCUCCAAUUCGCCACAGUGAAGAUGACUACAGGUCCUUCCUCCAGACCUCCUCCACUUUUUCAAGUCUAAUUGUGUCAACUCUGCUCCAAAAUCCAGCUGCCCAUGCUGCAGCAAGCUUUGCGGCUACCUUUUGGCCUUACGCAAAUGUGGAAGCCUCUUCAGAUCCUCCAUCCUGUGACCAAGGAGCUUUCCCACCUAGGCAAAUGACCUCUGUUCCAAGCAUGGCAGCUAUAGCUGCAGCUACUGUAGCAGCUGCAACUGCAUGGUGGGCAGCUCAUGGACUGCUUCCUUUGUGCUCUCCCCUUCACACUGCAUUUACCUGCCCUCCUGCAUCUACCUGCCCUCCUGCAUCUACAACUGCAACAGCAACCGGAACUGCUUUUCAAUUAGUAGACACUGCUCAAGACCCUGUAGCUAAUGUAGAAAGAAAGGAAAAUACUCCUAAAAGUCCGCCUUUGCAAUAUCAGGAACUGGUUGUGGAACAUUCUGAAGCGGUGCAGGCUCACCAUUCAGCUUCAAAAUCACCAAAUUUGUUAUCAUCAGACUCUGAGAAGAGUGAAGAUACAAAGCCAAAUAGUAGAUCAAAAAUUGAUGAUGAGAAAGCUGUAGAAGUUGAUGAGCUCCAAGACUCGAGCAAAGCAAAGAUCAAGAAACAGGUGGACCGUUCAUCAUGUGGUUCAAACACACCUUCGAGCAGCGAUGUAGAGACAGAUGCACUGAAGAAGAGGGAAAAGGGGAAAGAAGAUUCGAAAGAAGCUGAUGCAAAUCUUCCCGUUGCUGAUUGCAGUAAUCAAAGAAGCAGAAGCAACAGCGACACAGGUGAUUUCUGGAAGGAGGUCUCCAAAGAGGGACGGCUGGCUUUUCAAGCACUCUUCUCGAGAGGAGUAUUACCACAGAGCUUUUCACCACCGUAUGAUGAGAAGAAUAAUGGCCAUCAGGUAGGAAAUAUUAAGGAAAAUCAGCAAAACACACACGAGAAAUUUCAAGAUGCUUCACCAUUAAAUCUUAGUUGCACGAUCUUGGAGUCUUCUUCUGGUUGUCAAGGCUUGGAGAGUAAUGUAUUGUCAAAAAGGAACAACAAUGGUGAGGAGGGGCUGCUAAGUCUUGGGCUUGGACAUGGAAAGCUUAAAGUUCGUCGUACAGGAUUCAGACCUUACAAAAGGUGCUCAGUAGAGGCUCAAGAAAACAGAGUGAUGAACACCAGCGGCCAAGGUGAGGAGAAAGUUCCCAAGAGGAUACGCUUGGAAGGGAAGGCUUCAACUUGAUGUCAAAGGACACAUUGUUUUUGCGUCUGGUUUAUAGUUCCCCUCAUCUAUUUCCAUUUUAUGUUCAAUUUAGACUCGUGCAGCUCACAAGACUUCUCGUAUCAUAGUUUGUGUACCAUAUAUGCAGACAUCUGCUUGCUUGCUUACUUCAGUGAACUACGAAACUGCGCUUAGAAACUCCUUUCAUUAGAUUCUGAUCAUUAAAGUAUGAACGGACCUUGACGUGGCCUCUUUCCUUUUAGUGUAAUGUAUCUAUUCUACUUCUUUUGUUAAUUCAAGCUUCUCUCUCA